GAUUUGUUGGGGCAGAGGGGCCCACACUCAGGGAAGGGACAAGGGCGCCCCGGACCCUCUGUGGAGUGGCCGGUCUCAGAGGCUGCUGGGAAGCCCGCGGCUGGGCUCGCUCACGCUCUGUGUUCUCUCCCAGCAGGGCUUUGAGGCCGCUCCCCAGGCAUCUGCGUUCAGUCUGCCAAGGCUGCCGCAGGCCCGCCCGCCGGGCCUCCCCACCCUGCCCGCCUCACCUCCCUCCCCUCUCAUCCAUUGUCAGCCAUGGCUCACGGGGUCAGGGGCGGGGAGCAGGGAGGGGGGACCCUGUUGACCUGUGGUGACUCCUUUCCUCCUGGCCCAGGGACCCCUCUCACGGUGCUCAACGGGCCCAUCCUGGCCCUGGACGCGGACCAGGAUGUGUAUGCCGUGGUCAUCUACCAGCUGCUGGGCCCCCAGAGUGGCCUCUUUGACAUCGACAACAAUACGGGUGUGGUGACCGUGAGGUCAGGGGUCCUCAUUGACCGGGAGGCCUUCUCCCCGCCUGUCCUGGAGCUGGUGCUGCUAGCCGAGGACAUAGGGCUGCUCAAUGGCACGGCCAACCUGCUCGUCGCCAUCCUGGAUGACAAUGACAACUGGCCCACCUUCAGCCCCGCCACCCUCACUGCCCACCUGCUGGAGAACUGCCCACCAGGAUUCUCGGUCCUUCAAGUCACAGCCACGGACGAGGACAGUGGCCUCAAUGGAGAGCUGGUCUACCGAAUAGAAGCCGGGGCCCAGGACCGCUUCCUCAUCCAUCCCGUCACUGGGGUCAUCCGAGUGGGCAAUGCCACCAUCGACAGGGAGGAACAGGAAGCCUACAGGCUGAUGGUGGUGGCCACCGACCGGGGCACUGUCCCCCUCUCGGGCACAGCCAUCAUCACCAUCCUGAUCGAUGACAUCAAUGACUCCCGCCCCGAGUUCCUCAACCCCAUCCAGACGGUGAGCGUGCUGGAGUCGGCAGAGCCAGGCUCCGUCAUUGCCAACGUCACCGCCAUCGACCUGGACCUCAACCCAAAGCUGGAGUACCACAUCAUUGACAUCGUGGCCAAGGAUGACACCGACCGCCUGGUGCCCAACCAGGAGGAUGCCUUCGCCGUGAAUAUCAACACAGGGUCUGUGAUGGUCAAAUCCCCCCUCAACCGGGAGCUGGUUGCCACCUACGAGGUCACUCUCUCGGUGAUCGACAAUGCCAGUGACCUCCCAGAGCGCUCCGUCAGCGUGCCAAAUGCCAAGCUGACUGUCAACAUCCUGGACGUCAAUGACAACACGCCCCAGUUCAAGCCCUUCGGCAUCACCUACUACACGGAGCGGAUCCUGGAGGGGGCCACCCCGGGCACCACGCUCAUCGCCGUGGCCGCCGUGGACCCUGACAAGGGCCUCAACGGACUCGUCACCUACGCCCUGCUGGACCUCACGCCCCCAGGCUACGUCCAGCUGGAGGACGCCUCAGCUGGGAAGGUCAUCGCCAAGCGGACAGUGGACUAUGAGGAAGUGCACUGGCUCAACUUCACAGUGAGGGCCUCCGACAAUGGGUCCCCGCCCCGGGCAGCUGAGAUUCCCGUCUACCUGGAGAUUGUGGACGUCAAUGACAACAACCCCAUCUUUGACCAGCCGUCCUACCAGGAGGCCGUCUUGGAGGAUGUGCCUGGUGACAUCUAUGUGCUGUCCCCUCUGGACCGGGAGAAGAAGGACCACUAUAUCCUGACUGCCUUGGCCAAAGACAACCCUGGGGAUGUGGCCAGCAACCGUCGAGAAAAUUCCGUGCAGGUGAGGGGACCCACCGAAGCCAGGUUCGCCAGGGGCUGGGAUGGAAACCCACUGGAUGGAUGCUGCUUCUCGGGGACACCCAGAGUUCCUGUGAUUAGGGCGCCCCCCUCCUCCCGUGCCCCGCAGGAGAUCCCGCUGCACUCCAACGUGUACGAGGUGUACGCCACGGACAAGGACGAGGGCCUCAACGGGGCGGUGCGCUACAGCUUCCUGAAGACCGCGGGCAACCGCGACUGGGAGUUCUUCUCCAUCGACCCGGUCAGUGGCCUCAUCCAGACAGCCCAGCGCCUGGACCGUGAGAAGCAGGCGGUGUACAGUCUCAUCUUGGUGGCCAGCGACCUGGGCCAGCCGGUGCCAUAUGAGACCAUGCAGCCGCUGCAAGUGGCCCUGGAGGACAUUGAUGACAACGAACCCCUCUUCGUGAGGCCUCCAAAAGGCCGCCCCCAGUACCAGCUGCUGACGGUGCCUGAGCACUCGCCCCGUGGCACCCUUGUGGGCAACGUGACGGGCGCCGUGGACGCAGACGAGGGUCCCAACGCUGUCGUGUACUACUUCAUAGCAGCUGGCAACGAGGAGAAGAACUUCCGUCUGCAGCCCGAUGGGCGCCUGCUGGUGCUGCGGGACCUGGACCGCGAGCGCGAGGCUGUCUUCUCCUUUAUCGUCAAGGCCUCCAGCAACCGCAGCUGGACGCCUCCCCGCGGAGCCUCCCCGGCCCUCGACCUGGUGGCCGACCUCUCCCUGCAGGAGGUGCGCGUGGUGCUGGAGGACAUCGACGACCAGCCGCCGCGUUUCACCAAGGCUGAGUACACUGCAGGGGUGGCCACGGAUGCCAAGGUGGGCUCCGAGCUGAUCCAGGUGCUGGCCCUGGACGCGGACAUCGGCAACAACAGCCUUGUCUUCUACGGCAUCCUGGCCAUCCACUACUUCCGGGCCCUCGCCAACGACUCGGAGGACGUGGGUCAGGUCUUCACCAUGGGGAGCGUGGACGGCAUCCUGCGCACCUUCGACCUCUUCAUGGCCUACAGCCCGGGCUACUUUGUGGUGGACAUUGUGGCCCGAGACCUGGCAGGCCACAAUGACACGGCCAUCAUCGGCAUCUACAUCCUGAGGGACGACCAGCGCGUCAAGAUCGUCAUUAAUGAGAUCCCCGACCGCGUGCGCGGAUUCGAGGAGGAGUUCAUCCGCCUGCUCGCCAACAUCACUGGAGCCAUCGUCAACACCGACGAUGUGCAGUUUCACGUGGACAAGAAAGGCCGGGUCAACUUCGCGCAAACAGAGCUGCUUAUCCACGUGGUGAACCGUGAUACCAACCGCAUCCUGGACGUGGACCGGGUGAUCCAGAUGAUUGAUGAGAACAAGGAACAGCUUCGGAAUCUCUUCCGGAAUUACAACGUCCUGGACGUGCAGCCUGCCAUCUCUGUCCGGCUGCCCGAUGACAUGUCUGCCCUGCAGAUGGCGAUCAUCGUCCUGGCCAUCCUCCUCUUCCUGGCCGCCAUGCUCUUCAUCCUCAUGAACUGGUACUACAGGACCGUACACAAGAGGAAGCUCAAGGCCAUUGUGGCUGGCUCUGCAGGGAACCGUGGCUUCAUCGACAUCAUGGACAUGCCCAACACCAACAAGUACUCCUUCGAUGGAGCCAACCCCGUGUGGCUAGACCCCUUCUGCCGGAACCUGGAGCUGGCGGCCCAGGCCGAGCACGAGGAUGACCUGCCCGAGAACCUGAGCGAGAUCGCCGACCUGUGGAACAGCCCCACCCGCACCCACGGAACAUUUGGGCGCGAGCCAGCAGCCGUCAAGCCCGACGAUGACCGGUACCUGCGGGCAGCCAUCCAGGAGUAUGACAACAUUGCCAAGCUGGGCCAGAUCAUUCGUGAGGGACCCAUCAAGCUCAUCCAGACGGAGCUGGAGGAGGAGCCUGGGGACCGCAGCCCGGGCCAGGGCAGCCUGCGCUUCCGCCACAAGCCACCGGUGGAGCUCAAGGGGCCCGACGGGAUCCAUGUGGUGCACGGCAGCACAGGCACACUGCUGGCCACCGACCUCAACAGUCUGCCAGAGGACGACCAGAAGGGCCUGGGCCGCUCGCUGGAGACGCUGACCGCCGCAGAGGCCACUGCCUUUGAGCGCAACGCCCGCACGGAAUCCGCCAAAUCCACACCCCUGCACAAGCUUCGAGACGUGAUCAUGGAGAGUCCCCUGGAGAUCACGGAGCUGUGACCCACUCGGAAGACUUGCGGGUGUGAGCAGCAGCCCCAACGGCUCGCUCCCUCGGGGCAGCAGCCAGCACAAGGCCCGUCGGGGGCCAGCACCACGUGGGCAGCCUCGGCUGGCCUCACAGCGCUCAGAUUCCACUCUGGCCAGACACUCAUCCAGCAUCUGAUCUCUAUCUUCAUAAAAUUUGUUAUUUUUUUAAGAAAACCAAUCAAAAAUGCUAAGUAUCUAAGGACAAGGUCAGGAGGGCUGCUGGGGCCCCCAGGAGUCUGGGGCCAGCUCAGCUGAGGCCACUGGGGCUCCCUUUCUGCUCUGCCCUGGCCGUGUGCCAGGCUGCCACAGCAAGAGUCCAGCCACAGGACAGAGACCCAGAGCCGCAGCCCUGCUGGCCUGCCACGACUUCAAGUCCCAGUGACUGCUGACCGUCUAGAUCCGACAGACAAGAAGGUCAAGUUCAAUAAGCAUUCUCUCCAUCUCACUCGCUUCCCAAUGUGCCCAGCAUAUAGAGAAGUGACUGACAUUCCCUCGGGUUCUGAAUGUGGAGUGUGUGUGUGCUCCUUUUUUAAAUUAAGUUAUUCCCUCAGUAUUUUUCCCCUUGGUUUUGUUGAACUGGAACUCACUGAAAAGUUUUUGGAAUGGUCUGUUUAAAGGACUGGCAAUACACUGGCUCUGGUAACCUC